AUGUCAAUCUUUCUUUUAACAGGCAUUCUUCAUAACUAUUGUGAAACCUACAAUGUUGGGCUUCUUGGAGCAAAAAUAUUUUCUGGUCCGUCAAGAGAGCAGUUUGGAUAUGCAGUUCAACAGUUUUUAAAUGAACAAGGCAAAUGGUUGUUGGUUGGUUCACCCUGGAGUGGGUAUCCAGCUAAUAGAACUGGAGAUAUCUAUGCAUGUCCUGUUGGUACACCCAAAACCACAUGCAAAAAAUUAAAUUUACAAGCUUUAACCACCAUUCCAAAUGUGACUGAGAUAAAGGAAGAAAUGAACCUCGGCCUGACUCUGAUACAAAACUCAAAAACAGGAGGAUUUCUGACUUGCGGUCCCCUGUGGGCACAGCAGUGUGGAAGCCAAUACUAUGCAACAGGAGUCUGUUCUGAGAUCAGUCCAAGUUUCCAGAUCCUAAGAAGCUUUUCUCCUGCUGUUCAAAAAUGUUCCUCUGUCAUAGAUGUUGUGGUGGUUUGUGAUGAGUCAAACAGCAUCUAUCGCUGGGAUGCAGUGCGUGCUUUUUUGAAAAAGUUUGUGCAGGGCUUAGAUAUAAGUCCUACCAAAACACAGGUCGGUUUAAUUCAAUAUGGUAAUGAGCCACGCAUAGUGUUCAACUUGAAUGAAUAUAAAACAAAGACUGAGGUUGUUAAAGCAAUGGAGAGAACCUAUCAGAAGGGAGGAGAUUUGACUAAUACUUUCAAAGCCAUUGACUAUGCAAGAUGUUAUGCUUUUUCUCCCAAAUCGGGGGGACGCCCAUCAGGUACAAAAGUAAUGGUGAUUGUGACAGAUGGUGAAUCACAUGAUGGCUCCAACUUGAAAACAGUGAUAGGUAGAUGCAAUGAAGACAAUAUAACCAGAUUUGGCAUUGCUGUCCUGGGAUACUUAAUCAGGCAUGAACUUGAUACUAAAAACUUAAUUAAAGAAAUCAAAGGAAUUGCUAGUCAUCCAACAGAGAAGUAUUUCUUUAAUGUGUCAUCUGAGGCUGCACUGCUAGAAGAAGCAGGAACACUUGGCGAGCGCAUUUUUAGCAUAGAAGGUACAGAUCAAGGUGAUACAUUCCAAAUGGAAAUGUCACAGGUGGGCUUCAGUGCAUAUUACUCACAGAAAAAGGAUGUUCUGCUGUUGGGUGCUGUUGGGGCUUACGACUGGAGUGGAACAGUCGUUCAGGAGGCUUCAAACAAAGUGACCACCUUUCCAAGUCAUGUAUUUGAAAAAAUUCUACAGGACAGAAAUCACAGCUCAUAUCUAGGUUAUUCUGUUGCUGUUCUCUCAACUCAAAACUCUGUCUAUUUUGUUGCUGGUGCACCAAGAUCCAACUAUACUGGCAGAGUUGUGGUUUAUGAUGUUGACCGCCAUGGUAAUAUCACCAUAGUGCAGUCCCAGAGAGGCGAGCAGAUUGGCUCCUACUUUGGCAGUGUGGUGUGUUCAAUGGACAUUAACGGAGAUUCUGUUACAGAUGUGCUGCUCGUAGGUGCACCAAUGUUUAUGAAUGACCUGAAGAAAGAGGAAGGAAGAGUGUAUAUGUUUUCCAUAACAAAGGGGAUUUUGCAUCAACAAGAACUCUUGGAAGGUCCACAAGGGUUGGAGAAUUCUCACUUUGGAUCAGCGAUUGCAACGCUUGCAGACAUUGAUUUAGAUGGCUUUAAUGAUGUUGUAAUAGGUGCGCCGCUGGAGAGCCAAAACUCUGGAGCAAUUUAUAUUUACAGUGGAUACCAAAAGACUAUAUAUACCAAAUAUUCUCAGAAAAUUGUAGGAUCAGAUCCUGCUUUUGGACAACAACUCCAGUUCUUUGGAAGAUCAGUAGAUGGCCAUAGAGACUUAGAUGACAAUGGUAUUACUGACGUAUCGGUUGGUGCUGAAGGAAAUGUGCUUCUACUUUGGUCACAAAGCAUUGCAAAUGUGUCCAUAAUUGCCUCAUUUAAACCUGAGAAAAUCAGUCUGCUGAACAAGAACACAGAAAUAACCGUCAAAAUAUGUUUUGAGGCUACAUUUAGACCUGCUAAGAGAAGUAAUCAAGUGGCUAUCAGAUACAAUGCAACACUGGAUGCUGAUCUCCACUCCUCUAGAGUGACUUCUAGAGGAUUAUUCAAGGAAAAUAAUGAACGGUACAUGCAGAGGGAUAUUGUGGUACGUCGUGAGGAGAACUGUGUUCAUGACAUCUUCAGUGUACAGGAACCUUCUGAUGCAGUGAAUUCGCUCAAUUUGCGCAUUGACAUUGGUCUUGCAAAUCCUGGCUCCAGUCCUGUUCUUGAUAUAUAUUCUCCUGCGUCUGUGGCCUAUAGUAUUCCUUUUAUUAAAGACUGUGGUGAAGAUGAACUUUGUAUCUGUGAUCUUGUCCUUAAGGUUCAACAGAAGGCAGAUGAUAGCAAACAGCCGUUUAUUGUAAGCAGCAAAAACAGAAGGCUGACAUUCAACGUGAAACUGAGAAAUAAAAAGGAAAAUGCAUAUAACACCAGAAUCCAGGCUACCUUUUCAGACAACUUGUUUUUUGCUUCAUCUUCUUUACCAAGCGACGGGACUGAAGUCUCUUGUCAAACCGGUACAGCUCAAUCUACAGUAAUUUGCCAAAUCAGUUACCCUGUUUUCCGAACAGGACAACAGGUAUCUUUUGAUAUUAGUUUUGAUUUUAACCUGAAAAAUCUUCAGAAUAUGGCAAUUCUCAGUUUUCGUGCAUUAAGUGAAAGUAAGGAAGAGCAAGACUUGGACAACGAGGUCAGUUUAUCAAUCCCUUUGCGGUAUGAUGCAGAAAUUCACUUCACAAGGUAUGCUGAAUAAUGAAAAAGGCAUUUUUAUAAGGUAUUUAAAUAUACAGGGAGGAACAUUCCUUCCACUGUGAAUAAUUUUGGAGAAAUUGGCCCCGUGUUCAACUUUUCAGUUAAGGUAACAACAGGAAGCAUUCCAGUAAAAAUGGCGUCUGUAAAACUCCAUCUCCCAGAACUGACCAACAAAGACAACCCACUGAUGUAUAUAACUGCAGUCAGCACAGAUCAGGCCAGAGGUGUUACAUGUCAAGCUCAGGUAAAUCCACUGCAAAUAGGAAAACGACCUUAUUCUGCAUCUUUCAAGAAGGAGAACUUCAGAGCUUCCAAAGAACUGAAUUGUAAGAAUGCAAAGUGCAGCACCAUCACGUGCAGACUGGAAGAUCUUGUGUUGAAGGGGGAGUAUUUUGUGAAUGUGUCCACCAGAAUCUGGAACGGAACUUUUGCCGCUUCAACUUUCCAGACACUACUACUCUCAGCAGAUGCAGAAAUUGAUACGCAUAACCCUACGUUGUUUGUAAUUGGAGAGAACAGCCUAACUAUCCCAGUUACAAUAAUGAAGCCUGAUGAGAAGGCUGAAAUACCAGUUGGUGUUGUGAUUGGUAGUAUAUUGGCUGGACUCUUCUUGCUGUUAGCAUUGAUUGCAGUUUUAUGGAAACUUGGCUUCUUCAAGAGACAGUACGAAAAAAUGACCCAAGAUAUAGAAGAUAUGGAUGAAAUUACAGAACUCACAAAGGACAAGGACUGAAGAUACAAGGAUGGGGAUACAGAGAGGACAUCUGAGCCACUAACAGUAGUUGUGAUCCAAUCAGUUCUUCAGCUGGAGUGCCUUAAAGUUUAAUAACAUUUAAACAUUUUUAAUGAAAGUGUCUUUUUUAUAGAUGAAAAUAUUUUACAAAUUCUACUCUAUUGUAAGAGUAACUGCAGGACAGUUUUUUUUUUUUUCCACAAAGGAUUUAUAGCUUCUUUUCUUGUAUAUUUUUGCCUUUCAUACAAACGUAGCCCUUAGAACUGGCAGGUCCAGAACUUACAGUAACAUAUUGUGCCAGCAACCCUUCUCCUG